CUCUCUUUUGAUACAAUACCAAUAUAUAUCUUUCCCUAGAUCUUUGUUUCUUUCCUGCUCUUCUUACUCUACAAUCUUACCUUCAAUUCUACUCAACUAUCUACAAUAUUUUCACUACAAUGGCUGUUCAAGACGUUUUAUCAAGAAAAUCUGGUGUCAUCGUUGGUGAUGAUGUUCGUGCCUUAUUCGAUUAUGCCCAAAAAAAGGGUUUCGCUAUUCCUGCCAUCAACGUAACUUCAUCCUCGACUGUUGUUGCUGCUUUGGAAGCUGCCAAAGACAACAAUUCUCCAAUCAUCUUACAAACCUCUCAAGGUGGUGCUGCUUACUUUGCUGGUAAGGGUGUUUCCAACAAGGACCAAUUUGCUUCCAUUCAAGGUUCCAUUGCUGCUGCUCACUAUAUCAGAUCAAUUGCUCCUGCUUAUGGCAUUCCAGUCAUCUUACACACAGACCACUGUGCUAAAAAAUUAUUGCAAUGGUACGACGGCAUGUUAGAAGCCGAUGAAGAUUACUUUAAGAAAACUGGUGAGCCCUUAUGGUCUUCCCACAUGUUGGAUUUAUCUGCUGAAAACGAUGAUGAAAACAUUUCAACCUGUGUCAAAUAUUUCAAAAGAAUGUCUAAAAUGAACCAAUGGUUGGAAAUGGAAAUUGGUAUUACUGGUGGUGAAGAAGAUGGUGUUGAUAACGAAAACGCUGAUAAGGAUUCUUUGUACACCUCUCCAGAGACUGUAUUUGCUGUUCACGAAGCCUUAGCCCCAAUCUCUCCAAACUUCUCAAUUGCUGCUGCUUUCGGUAACGUUCAUGGUGUUUACAAACCAGGUAACGUUGUCCUCACUCCUUCAAUCUUAGGCGACCAUCAAGCUUUCGCUAAAUCAAAGAUCAACUCACCUAGCACUCACCCAUUAUACUUGGUCUUCCAUGGUGGUUCAGGUUCAACUCAAUCCGAAUUCGAUACUGCCAUCAAGAAUGGUGUUGUGAAAGUCAAUCUUGAUACAGAUUGUCAAUAUGCCUACUUAACUGGUAUCAGAGACUACGUCUUAAACAAACAACCUUACAUCUCUUCUAUGGUUGGUAAUCCAGAAGGUGAUGAUAAACCAAAUAAAAAAUACUUUGAUCCUAGAGUUUGGGUAAGAGAAGGUGAAAAGACCAUGUCAAAAAGAAUUGCUGAAGCUUUGUCUGUUUUCCACACCAAAGAUCAAUUAUAAUUUCUAGAUCAAUGCUCUUUUAAGUAUAUAAUCAUAUACGACCGAAAUAUCAUAAUAUAAAUAUAAUAAUAUUCUACAAUUUGACAACUUCUCCUUUGUCUAUCUUGUUUUUUUCUUUUAAAAAUAUCCCACAUAUAUUAUAAAUUCUUUAAAUAUACAUAAAAGAGUAUAUGGACAAAUUUUAUGUAAAAGAUUAUAUAAUCAAACAAUAAACAGUAAUAAAUAAGUAAUAAAUAAAUAAUAAAGUAAUAAAAUAAAUAAAUAAAUAAUAAAUAAAAUAAAU